GUCAGAGGGAAGCUGGAGGCACACGCGCGCAUCUACGUGCACGCGCGAGAAGCAUAGUUCGGUCCUCUGCUCGGUCCGUGCGUGAGUCGGAGCGGGCGCGCGCAGACACGGCUCGACGGUGUGGGGAUGAAUCAAAGCAGGCGGACGGUCGUGGAGAAAAGUGUGGCGCACGCGUGGACCGCGAACAUGUGAAGUGUUGUGGAAGGAGACGGCGGCGUUGUUGGCUUCUCCCAUUGAAUUCAGCGCUGACAUUAAGUGCGAGGCUGUGCAGCGGCAGAAAGCAGCGUUGGCGGAGCGGACGCGGCUGCUGCGGGAUAUCCGUAGAACAAUGGCAACUCCCCACCCUUGAGGAACUUUGCUACCCAGCACCCUUCCCCCGGCAUCUGACACCUUCAACCGGCUAUCUUUCAUCUCUUUCUUCCAUUUGUACCUUGCUAUAUUCCCCUCCAGCUUUUUGAAGCUCUGGAGUUCAGUCCCUCCUUUACCCUUCACUAUUUCAAAGUCCUUCUUUGUUUCAAACAUGGACUCCUCUGGAAAGAUAUUCACAGCCAAAGAUGCGCACCUCAAGCCCAGAUGCAGCCCCCCUCGCUCUGACCUCAGCGGACUCUACCAUCUGGGUCGAACGCUGGGAAGGGGCCACUUUGCUGUGGUUAAACUGGCUCGUCAUGUCAACACUGGGCAGCUGGUGGCUGUCAAGAUGAUUGACAAGACAAAGCUCGAUGUCAUGGCCACAAGCCACCUCUUACAGGAAGUCAGGUGCAUGAGGCGGGUUCAGCAUCCCAACGUGGUCCGCCUGUACGAGGCCAUUGACACACCCACCACCCUCUACCUGGUGAUGGAGUUGGCUGAAGGCGGAGACCUCUACGACUACAUCCUUCGCCACGAGGGAGGCGUGGCUGAGAGCACUGCCAAGCGCCACUUUGCACAGAUUGUGCGUGCUGUGGCGUACUGCCACCAGCUUCACGUCGUGCACCGUGACUUGAAGCCUGAGAACGUGGUCUUCUUCCCCCAACAGGGGGCUGUGAAGCUAACGGACUUUGGCUUCAGCAAUUUAUUCCAACCCGGGACAAUGUUGGCCACCAGCUGUGGAUCGCUGGCGUACUCGGCUCCAGAGAUCUUACUGGGAGAAGAGUAUGACGCUCCAUCUGUUGAUAUCUGGUCUCUAGGGGUGAUACUGUACAUGUUGGUGUGCGGAGUCCCCCCCUUCCAAGAAACCAACGACAGUGAGACUCUAGUCAUGAUCCUUGACUGUCGCUACUCCAUUCCUGAACACAUCUCACACAACUGUAGAGAUCUGAUCUCCAGGAUGCUCCAGAAGGAUCCAGUUUGCCGUGCCUCACUCGAGGAGAUCGAGGCUCAUGACUGGCUGAAGGGGCUGGAUAAUGUCCUCCUUAGCCCAGAGGCACCGCCACACUGGCUCUCGGGGGCAAUGUCUCCCAGCUCCCCCCGCUCUGGCAUGCCUGAGUGUGGGGACCUGCUGAAGAGGUCCACUCUUCAGCACCCCUCCACCAGGCCAUGGCAACCCAGCAUCAGCGUCACGCUUCGUGCACCGCCAGCUGAGGAGCCUACAGCUACCAAGAAUCUACCUGCGCUGCAGCAAAUCUGUGAGGAGAGGGAGGAGGAGGAAGAAGAAGAGGAGGACAAGGAGGAGGAGGAGGAGAGGGGUAGUGUGGCUUCUUUAUUAGCAGCAGAAUCAGAGAAAGAAGCUCAGGUGCAGCUUGAUGAAGUAGAUCAUAUGGGGCACACACGAGAGGAAGAAAGAGAAGACAGUUUAGGAAGCUCAGUGUUGAUAGUGGAGGAUGAAAUGGAAGAGGAGAAAGACACUGGGUGUGUGAUCUCAGAUCAACCAGUUAGUCAUGGGGACAAGGCAGUGAGACCCAAAACAGAGGUUCCACCUUCGUCGCUGCCUGGUUUGGUGGUCCCGUGCUGUCAGGGGCAGCCAGACAACACAACUACAGAGAAAGAACGUGAAGAAGAACCCAAUAACAACACUAACAAAUGUCCUCCCUCUAUCUCUGCAUUCCCGGCUAUCCUGAAUGGUAGGGAGGCAGAAAGAGGAGGAGAGGAAGAAGGGAAGGCAGGAGAAGGGACAAGAGGUGAACUUUUCACUGACAGAUGUCAACACCACAACACACCGGGGAACCGGGGUGACGCUGCUCCGAGGGUGGAGCAGGGGAAACGCCACAGCAUAAAGCUGCGUGAGAGACUCUUCCAGUUUCCUCUGUGUGAGAAAGCGUUGGCCUUCAACCUGCCCACACAUAACAAGCCCAAGAUCCUCCCCUUGGCUCAGUACAACUGUUGCCAUGUGCUCUAAGUGGAACCAGGCUUGGUGCUGUCUGUCAUGCUGCCCUCUCACUUGAGACUCGCAGGAUGUUUAGCAGUCAGCAGGUGGUUGUGGACUGAGCACAAGCCCUGUGAGUGGGCAGCCCACUGAGCUCCCUGCUGAGCCUCUCACUGCAGCAAACAGGUGUACAGCUUCAUGCUCACAGACACUCGCUUUAUAGAAGCCUUUUCAUGUCAUCAACAUCGAUUUAUGCUAGACGUGUACAGGUAUAGAAUAGUCUAAUGUGUAGCUUAGACCAACAAUGAAAUGAACUGAAGGCAACAGAUCCACGUUAUGACUGCAGCAGUGGUUACUUUUAGUGAAUAAGCUAUUUAAUGUGUUCAAAAUGUGCCUAGAAUGAUCAAAUGAGUUUCAUACUGUAUGUGGUCACUGUCAUUUCAGUUCUGACUGAAAAAUCUCCAAAGGUCAGAAAGUUCUCGCACGUGCACUCAGCAGAUCCGUAGCUGAAUUGGAAUAAAGUUUUAACCAGCUUCCGCUGUAGAGUCGCACCGUUUCCUCUUCUUGUUGCACAACCUGAUUCUCAUGUUUUUUUAAAAGCUCUUGAUAUAAGAUGUUCAAAGAAAGGCUGCUAUGCUAGGAUAAACCAUAAUAUAAUAUACGCUUCACAGCUUAAUCUUGAAGUCUUAUCGAUAUGGUGACCUGUCCUGAUAUACUGUAUGAUAAUGUGUAGGUUCAUUACUGGGAUGCAGGUCUUCCAUGGGAUGCGAAGGUUUUUAUUAUACCCAACAUUUUUAAAUAUUUAAUUGUAACUUUUAUUUUGAAAGGUGUUCCAUGAUAUCCAUUUUUAUACAGGGUGACAAAAAUAUGUGACUUUGUGCAUGUGUUAUGGUUAAUUACCACAGUAUACCUCCAUGUGUCUUGAAUCUGACAGGACGUUGUUGUUGUGUAACCUGCUGAAUGACGCUUUGCACAGUGUGACUACUGUACCUAGUAGUUCUCUACAAGCAGCAUCCUGGGAUUCAUUAAUAGAUUUAUCCUUUAGACAACAUGAAGAGCGAUGUUACUUUCAUAGCUCAGGGCUCUCCUGCAUGGUUGUAUUUGACCAUAUGGUGCCUCCUUGUUUUUAUUUUUCCAAACGUUUUUCUUUCUCAUUCAAAUGUGAAGUGUACGGUUGUGUAGAGCACAGACACAUCACUGGACAACAAACUGCAUCCUCCUGUUAUAAUUCAGCCAACGGCUUGUUUGUUGCUCGCCAGGGCUUCAUGCAACUGCAUUUUAAACUUCUGAUCGGACGGUCUGUACCAAAUAAACAGCGGUUAUCACAUGAGAUCGGAUUAAUCAAUCCAAUGUCAUCAGCUGUGAAAGCAAGAAAUCUGUGCAGAAAAGAGUGAGAGAGAAUCCCAUUGUUUGUUCCUGUGUGAUUGCAGCCUGUCUGCCCUAAGUGUGUCUGUCUGUCUGUCUACUGACCUGCAUCGUAACUAGGACUACAUCCAUAUGGAGCUAUGACCUUAUUUUUCUGUAUUUAUUUAUUAAAAUGGGUCAAAUUGAUGAGA